AUGCCGGAUAUACCUAUUGUGGAUCUUGUGCAGCCCAUGCUUACAAACAAGUGGAUCCUAAUGUUACCCGAAAAAUUUUCAUUCUUGGACCUUCCCAUCACGUGCCCCUUUCCCGAUGUGCACUUUCCAGUGUGGACAUUUAUAGAACACCUCUGUAUGAUCUCCGAAUUGACCAAAAGAUUUAUGGAGAACUGUGGAAGACUGGAAUGUUCGAGCGUAUGUCCCUACAGACAGAUGAAGAUGAACACAGUAUUGAAAUGCAUUUGCCUUAUACUGCUAAAGCCAUGGAAAGGUCAGAGGUUCCGUUACAGUUACUAUGAUGAAUCCCAAGGAGAAAUUUAUAGAUCCAUUGAGCACCUAGAUAAAAUGGGUAUGAGCAUUAUAGAGCAGCUAGAUCCUGUAUCUUUUAGCAAUUACUUGAAGAAAUACCAUAAUACAAUAUGUGGAAGACAUCCUAUUGGUGUAUUAUUAAACGCUAUCAACGAGCUCCAGAAGAAUGGCAUGAAUAUGAGCUUUUCAUUUUUGAAUUAUGCUCAGUCAAGCCAGUGUCGAAACUGGCAAGACAGCUCAGUGAGUUACGCAGCUGGAGCACUCAUGGUCCACUGAACCGCUGACCGCUCAGGGAUGACACCUGCACACACUUUAUAUGGGGUCCCAGCCUAGCCCUUACCAAGAUACAGUCCCUGGUCUUUGGGUAUACUGAAACCUCAAACUAAUAGAACUCUCUUCUUUUCUAGUAGGUGUAGUCCUUCCUUAGUUUCAACUCAUUUAAAAAUGCUUUCUUGUUUAGGACAAUGGAAGGAAGGCCGGUAUUGAAACAUUUUGUGAUUAUUUUUUUUUUUGUGAUCUUUUUUCUUUCUUUGAAGAGUUAAUGGCUAUGAAGGCACGGUGGCAGACAGUCCUUAUGAAUACUACAUGUAAAGCAUUUACCAUAUCCUAAAUUUGCACUCUUUGCAGACCUGUGCACAUAUACUCAGCUUUCAGAAUAGUUUUGCAAGUUGUAAGCGGAAAAAGAGGCGGAAGCUUUUUAAUUAAAAAAAAAGGAAAACAACGCAUUUAUAAAUGAUCCUGUAUUAGAACAUAAUAAAGCUCCAGUAUAGUCAGUUACUACCCGUGAUGUACAACAGAUAUCUUCUAUUUUAGUUGCUAAUAAAGGGCUACACAAACCAAAA